AUGAAGAAGCUUAAUAAUGAUCACAAUCAUGAUAUACAUAAAGAGCAGUCAGAAGAAGCUGAACGAACACGACAAGCAAGCAACAAGAUGAAAUUAUUGCCGAUACCUUUGUCACCUUUAGGUGGCCCACCAUUAGGAAUGUGGAAUUCUGAUUUAUUAUGGAGAUAUCCGACAACACCGACAAGUCCACUAGCGGAUUUAAAGACACAAUUACCACCACAAUUAUCAUCAGAUCCAAGAAUCUGGGGACGUGAAGAGGUCGUUGUAUUCCUUCGAUGGACUGAACGUGAAUUUGAUUUGCCAAAAUUUGAACUUGAUUUAUUUCAAAUGAACGGAAAGGCACUUUGCUUACUCACGAAAAAUGAUCUUGCUGAACGUUGUCCAGGCGCUGGUGACAUUAUUCAUAAUGUCUUACAACUCUUGAUUCGUGAUACACAAAUGCUACACAGACAUUUACCAAGUAGCCCAAUCACACCUACAAAUCGAUAUCCACUAUCGCCUCACAGCCACCCACCGACACCAAACUGGAGCUCACUUGCACCACCACUUGAUAAUCCCUUUUAUGCAAAUCAUUUGCAACAUUUUAUGCAAUCAAAUUCAGUGACGUUAAGUCCAGCACCAUCAAUUGAUUCGCAAGGUGGAAGUCCACCAAAUCAGGAAGCAUCAUCGACUGUAUACUCAACAAAUUUAUCAAACGAGAAUGGUCAAUCAAGUGGUGCAAGCGACUCUACUGACAUGAGAUCAAAUAGUGCAAGUGGUAGCGACUCAGCAAGACACUCGGGACAAAAUGGUACAAGUUCCGGAAGUAGCAGUCACCAUAGUGAUUCAGAAGAGGAAAGCUUCAAACAUAAAAUUCCAAAAUUACUUCCUCCACCAAUGCAUCACAAAUCAUCAUCACUGUCACUUCAAAAGCAAAGUCCACCAGUUACACCUAUUAAUAAAGAACCUCCAACAUCAACAUCAAAUUUACUUCAUCAGCAUCAAUUCGGUAUUGAUUUUAAGCCACACAGUAUAUUCUUUAAUGGACAAAUGGAUGCUUUAAAUGGUAACAAUGGAAGUGGAUCAAGUAGCACAAGUCCAUCAACACCCAAUACACCCGGAUAUAUGAAAAGGGAAUUCUUUCCUGAUACACCCACUGAGCCUAAUACAAAUGGACGACUGCUUUGGGAUUUCUUACAACAGUUACUUAAUGAUCACCAACAACGCUAUAGCAAUUAUAUCGCAUGGAAGUGCCGAGAUACUGGUGUCUUUAAAAUUGUCGAUCCAGCUGGAUUAGCCAAGCUUUGGGGUAUCCAAAAGAACCACUUAUCAAUGAACUACGACAAAAUGUCACGUGCCUUAAGAUAUUACUAUAGAGUGAACAUUUUAAGAAAAGUGCAAGGAGAGCGUCAUUGUUACCAAUUUCUCAGAAACCCAACAGAGUUGAAGAGUAUAAAGAACAUAUCAUUGUUGAGACAAUCGAUGGCAAAUCAGCAACAACAACAAACUUCAUCAUCAUCUAAUACAUCUACAACAGCAUCUUCAUCACAAGUGACACAAGCUGCCCUGCAAGCAUCUGCAUUGGCAAGUUUAUUACCACAAAGUACAACAAAUUUUCAUCAUUUAACUGCAGCAUUAGUACAAAGUAAGAUGGAAUUUAAUAGUCAAAAUAAUGUUGAAGAGGAACCUCAUGAUCUAAGUACGUCGUCAAGUUCAAAUGAGAGGAAGUUUAUGGGGAAGGAUUGCUAUCCAUUAAUUCAUGGAGCAAAUGGUCUUACAACAAUUCAGUUACUAAGACAGCACCAAGAAAGUUUGUCGCAAGGCUUAUUAAAUUCUCACACAUCUCCCUCAUCCUCACCAACAUCAUUAUCACCACCAAUUCACCAUUUAUCAUUACAUAAAGAGCAUCGUGAGCACAGUGACGAGGAUAUGCCUACAGACUUAAGAAAGAACUACGAUUGAAUUUAAGAGAAUUUUGUACGUUGGAUGGAAAGCAUGUUAUGUAAAAUCAAGAUGUAUAAAAUAUGUGAUAAAUAUUUUUUUUUCUUUUUGUCUUUAAUGCUAUAAUACAUUUUUAUACAUACUUUAUAAAUAUAUGCCUAUUGAUUAUAAAAGUUUAAAUAUAUAUAUAUUUUGGAACUAGAGUAAAAAUUAUGGAAAACUAAAUUCUAAAUUAGUAAUUAUGUGCCAAUUAUCUCUAAACAGUUUUUAAAAACGGAUAAAGUUUAGUUAAGAACCAAGAGCAAUGAAGGAAAUUUGUGCAGGUUUUUCAGCUUUAACAUCUUGAACGACACAAAAUGUAUGAAAUUGAUCAACAUUUCGUCUCUUUCUGGAUGUUAAGAUCUAAAUUAUUAUUCUAGUAGUCAAAUCUGCGUUACUAUUAGCUUUAAGCUUCUUAGGAUAAGCUUUAAUAUAGAAUGUAAUGAAAUUUGACUCCUUGAAGUACUAAUUUGAUACUGACAUUGACUUGAUACUUCAGAAACAACUUCUGAAUCUAUGUAAAUUUAACCCUCAAGUCUGUGCCAAGCUGAAAAAUCUCCAUAGAACAUAGUAAGAUUUUUUAUAAUGUAGUUAUUAUAAUAAUGAUUAGGCUUUAAACUAUAGUGAUCACAAAAGAAAGAAGAAGUUUUUAAGUAAAAGAAAAAAAAUAUAAAAUUAGCGACUGCUUCAACUCAGAUUCUUCCCUUAUUUCUCUUUAAAAAAGUAUAAUAUUA